UAAUGUCGUUUAUCUCUCUUAUUUAUGUGUAACGAGCGAGAUUUGAAUAGCGAAAAUGUUUUGAUUACAUAUUUGUCGUAUUAGAUCAUAUUAAAUAGGUCACCGCAGUGCCUCCCACUGUAAGGAAUGUAAUAUAUUUUUUUCGUUUUUCCUCAACUUAACGCUUUAUCUACUUAUAGAAUUGUGUGUGAUUUUGAUAAACAUUAUCAUUCAAGAUGAUGAACCAGUAUAUAAAAGAGUUAGAACAAGAGCCAUUUGAUCCAGAUGAGUUUGUAGAGAGAAUGGUGAGACGGAGCAUGCAGGAGUCGAGACUCAAGGACGAUGAAUUUGACCCAGAAAUGAUACAUGACAUAUUCACUCAGGCAAUACAGGAUUUAAAGGUGCUGCAAGAAAGGCAAGAGAGAAAGUGUGCAAGAUUAGAACAGUCAGUGCAGGAGGAGGAGAAAUUAUACGGAGACAAGCUAGCUGAGAUCAUGGAACAGCACACUCACUGCGUGAACGUGUUCAGCUCCCUCGACGAGCGCAUGUCCCGCUGCGGCGGGCGAGCGCUGGACGUGGGCGAGAAGCUCGGCGCCGCCCGAGCGCCGCGCGCCCGCGCCGCCGCCGCCCGCGACCUGCUGGCUCAUCUAGCCCACUUCCUUAGCCCUGGACCGGUGCAUACGGAACUAUUCAACGACCCAAGCAAGCUAAACGAUGCAGCCGAUGUCAUCCAAAAGCUUCACACCAUCGCCCAAGAACUGCCCCCCGACAAAUUCGAAGUAGCCAAAAAGAAAAUCGAAGCCAAAUACGACGAGAUCGAACGCAACCUCAUAGAGGAGUUCGUGAAAGCCCAAAACCAAGGGGAUAUGGCUAAGAUGAAAGAUAUCGCUAAUAUUAUGACCAACUUUAAAGGUUACUCGCAGUGUGUCGACGCUUAUAUAGAGACCAGUCAAAUGAACACCCUGAUGGGCAAGGAUAUUUUCUCUUCCGUCUUAUCCCUCUGCAAGAAGAACUACAAUAUCAUCAGCGCAGUAUUCUCCAACCCGGAGCAGGUAAUGAGCAAGUUCGUGCUCAACAUUUUCCACCUGAAGCUGCAGAAGUACAUUCAAACCAAACUCGCGGACAAGAAUGAUGUGGAGAAAUACUUGAGGAAUCUUUAUGAUAUGUACACAAGCACCCAACGAGCUUGCGACGACUUGGUAUCAGCUGGUUUCAUAACCGACUCGGGCAACACCUCCCCCGGCUCUCUCCGGCGCUCGGCGCUGGUGAACGGCGCGCUAGCGGGCGCCGCCGACGGAUACGCCGCGCUCGAGUGUCGCCGCCUCCGCGCGCUGCUCGCCAGCCUGCUGCAUGCUUACUACAGCGACAAGGGGCAUGUGAAGCGGCAGAUACAGGGCACGGGAUUCCAAGAACUGCGUCGCGAUUUGCAAGCCGUGAUCGGGACCCGAGCGAACAUCAACAUCGCUCAGAUCGAGAACUACGGCGGCGAGACGUUCCUGAGCGAGUCGCUCGUCAGCAGGAUGCUGAGCGAGGCGAAGACGUCCUUCACUAGGUGCAAGACUCUAUGCACUCCCAACGAGCUGGCAGGCACCACGACCGCUCUCUUGGACGUCCUUAUACAACACUUACUGGUCGAGCACGUUGACUACGCGUUAGAUCUGGGCCUGCAGUCCAUACCCAUCGCCGAGAGCAAGUCCCCGCCACAGAUUUACUUCUUUGACACGGUGAAGGAAUGUAACAAAAUAGUAAAAAUGUUUGAAGAACAUUUUCAAGAAUCCGUGCUACCUUGUAUGAGUUCCACGGCCAAACAAACCGAAUGCGUAAACAAGAAAACCACUAUAAUGGAGCAGUUGGAAGCCAAAAUGGACGCUGGACUCGAGCGAGCUAUAUCGGCUAUUGUUGGUUGGGUGAAGUUGCAUCUUCAGACCGAACAGAAGAAAUCCGACUUCAAGCCAGAGGGGGACGUAGAUACUCUGGCAUCGCCUGCGUGUCAAUCCGUGGUGUCCUACCUAAACAACGUAAUGGAGAAGAUUCACUCCGGGCUAGAUGGCGAAAAUCUGCAAGCCGUGACCUUGGAACUGGCCAUCCGUUUACACCGGGUCAUUUACGAGCAUUUACAGAACUUCCAAUUCAAUUUCGCAGGGGCCAUGGUAGCAAUUUGCGACGUGAAAGAAUACCGUUCGGUGGCUUGCGGUCGUGGCGCUAGCGCCGCGCCGCCGCCCGCGCACGCGCUGUUCGACGCGCUGCACGCGCUCUGCAACCUGCUGCUCGCCAAGCCCGAGAACCUGCACCAGGUGUGCGAGGGAGAGACUCUGGCGGAGUUGGACCACUCGAUCCUGCUGAACUUCAUCCAGCUGCGGUCGGACUACAAGAGCCACAAGCUCUCGAGCUUCCUUAAGGGAUUGUCGUAAAUUACAAAAAUUAAUUUACGCUAGUAGGGUAAGGCGGUGAGUGAUAUCACCUCCGCUCCGGUGUGCGAGCGGGAUACCGCAAUAACACGCGCAUAGUGUUGUCUCGCUCACACGCCACGCGUCACGCGUUGCUGUCGGAGCGGCGUGCGAAUCGCAUCCAGUGUUAUAACCGCCUAAGAUCGGGAAAGUACCUCAAAACCUUAAGUUAGCUCAUUUUGUUUAAAGGAAACAUUCUUUUAUUUUUUUAAAUAAACAAAACUGCAUUCAAAGAAUUUUCUUUUCUUUUUUACAAUUUUGUCUAAAAAUAUUCUUGAAUACUAAAUAUUCGAUUUUAUGGAUAUUUUGUACGACAGACUAGUGUAAGGCCUAAUGUUUCUUGGAGAAAUGUUAUCAUUUACAUUAACCGUAUUGAAUAGUAGAAUAAAAUCGAGGGUUUUUUUUUUAUUUGUAGUCGGUACGAUUUCCGGGUGAAACAAGCUAAUUUCAAAAAAUCUUUUAAAUGCAGUUUUGUUGCAUUUUAAAAAUAAAAAUGAGCUCAGGGCCCAUUCAUUCUUUCCACACUGUAUAAUGUAUGUUCCGCAUUUAGUAAUGUCGGGUUCGUUAGUAUUUUUACAUAAGUUUUAGUAAUGCGUAGUACGGAGUGAAACAUGUCGAGCGUUUUUCUACUUAAAAUACGUGAGUGACCCGUUAUUAAUAUAUUUUAUCGUAACCAUGAUUUUGAAUGCACAUGCACAUGAUCUGUGUAAGAAUGUCCUAUAAUAUAUAUAUAUAUAUAUUCCAUUUGCUACUGAAGAAGUAUUUUUAUUAUUUUUUAUAUUAUAGUUUUUUUUUUUUUAUAACCUAUACUUACCCUACUUCUAAAGAGAAGUAAGUAACGACUGUUAAAUCUUUAUACUAAGUCGCCCCUUAACAUUGCGCUACUGGAAGAGGUUACAUUAAUUGAAAUGAGAGCGCAACGCCAUCUUUUGACUUCUCAGAGCCUUUUUAAGGAAGAAGGAACCCUUAUUUUUUACCACAUUGAUGGCAUACAAGCUACGAGCUUACGAUUCGCUUUAUUGUAUAAGUAGUUACCGUUGCUCAUGAACGGAGGAAACCCUAUUAUGUGCCUUGGCGUGGCACAUGCCCGAUAAAGUAAGAUAAGGUGCUACGGACGCUAGUUUAUUUCUACGCCAGAAAACUUUACCCACAUUUACUUUGUUAUCUGCCGGUGGUUACCAGUUUAUAAUUAUUAUUUGUCUUUGCGACAGGUAUCUUUAGAAGUUAAUUGGGUACAAUGACCGCAUUUUUUUAUGUGUUUGCUGUUUAUUUUACAUCAAAGAAAAAAACUGUCCACCGAUCUGAACCCGUCGUAAGAUAACAUUAUUUUUUAUUAUGUUACUCAUAUUAUUUACAUAAUUGUUAUAACUUGUUUAUAAGUAGAUAAGAGUAUUAAAUUAUUAUUGUCUAGC